CCUAAUUCUCUUGUUUCCCCGUCGCCUCCCAAAUCUCUCUGCAACCAGAUCUCUUGACGCUCCUUGACGCUCCUUCAAACUUCCCCGAAACAGAAGGAGCAAGAUACGGGGAAUUUGACACCUGCUUUGGGAAAUGGAGCGCUCUCGGUGAUUGUUUGAGUCUCAAAACAAAAAGGGCAUCUGAAAUUCAGGAAAUUCUUGAAGAGCGAGAGAGAUCCAAGCCGCACAUCUGGACAUAUCGAACUGUAGAAGAAGCCUCUAAAAAUUGGUGGAGGAUGUAUAAUCAUUUCUACAAGCCUCCUCCUCCAACUGACUCUUAAGUAGAUGAAUUAAUUGUCCUAACCGUAAGAUGUCUUCAUUCAUGGGAUUCGGCAACCUUGCUCCAAAGACCAAGAACCUGGUCGUCGCAGGUGGCUUAUCGGCUUUUGUUCUCGGUGUGUACUAUUAUACCAUGAGAGCUGUUGGAGGCACAGAUGAGCUCCAGGUUGCCAUUGAUAAGUUUGAAGCCAUGAACAACGAUAAAACAAAGUCUGGAACAUCAAACUCAGCUGAUUCCUAACGCCAGCUGAAUUCUUAAAUGAUGGAGGCUUAGUCUGCUCUAUUCGCCGCUUUGAAGAUUUCAAUAAUGAAAAUAGAGAUGCCAAAUACUUUGCAUAUAUAAUGGUGUGAUGAAAACUAUUGUGUAGUCUUGCAUUACUAAGGUUUAAGAGACUUAAGUUUUUAUGGAUUUCUUUGGGAGAUGUGAAAUAUUUUUCACAGUACUAAAUAGGGGGCGGUGAUGCAUUUGUUGAGUCUAUUCAGUGGAGGAAUUGGCGAUAUUAUGUGUUGUGGCGAUCUCAUUUCAGUGCAGAAGAGUAUGGGCAAGUUCUGAAGUUUAAAUUUA